GUACAUUUUGCAUGUAUGUUUACAGCUCCCAUAAAAAAUGAGAAGAGUGAGGCUGGUAAAGGUGGCGAAACAAAAGAAGACAAAUCAUCAGACGAAGAAGAAGAUUUUCUGGGAUUUUCUCCAUCAACAGAUAAAGUCCUUUCUGGGUUGCAGGUUACAAGUAAGUCAGACAUUAUGGUGAGCAGAGCAGAUAUCUUACAAGCAAGUGCCAUGGCUCGUCAGCUUCAUGUGUACAAGCCUGGUAUUGACUUUGUUCCUGGAGCAAGACUGGAAGUGCUGGAAUCUAGAGAUAAUAAUUGGUACCAGUGCAAGAUUGUGGAGGUAGAUUGGGGAGAGUUGGACAUUCUCGUCCAUUAUGAACGUUGGUCAAACAGGUUUGAUGAAUGGCUCAAAAUGGAUUCAACAAGGAUUCGAAGUCUCUCUCGUACCUCUCAAAGAAGAGAGAAAAGAAAUAGUGCCUAUAGUGUUGGUGAUCGUGUACUUGCACGUUGGUCAGCUGAUGGCAAGCGGUACCAAGCCAGAGUUACUAAGGAACUGGGAGAUGAUCAGUUUGAAGUCCUGUUUUUUGAUGGUGUGGCUAAAGUGCUUCGUUCCACUGCAUUAGCAAAAGUAGACUCAAAGGUGGGUGAGAUAGAGGAACAGAGAGGCACUCCAUCCAAACAGCCUGUGACAGAUGAUGAGGAUAGCUUGUUGUCCCCAGGAGCCACCAGUGCCAGCUCUACUGACUCUCGCUCCUCCAGCCCUGAGCCAGGCCAGUCCUCUGCAGUGUCUAGCAGAGUUGAAGAACUCAUGGAAGUGGAAACUGUCACACCAGUAAGGAAAAACAUCUUUGAUGUUGAAAUAAUUGAGCAGAAGAGGAAGUCAAAGAGAAAGGCAGCGGUUGAAGAACUUUUUCAGUCACUGAAGAAAAGACGCAAAUAUGAGCACCAGAGUCAAGGGAAAGUACCCACAUCCUCCCCACGACAUCAACAACAACAAUUGAUGCAGCAGGAACAACAGAAACCACAGCAACAGCAAAAGCAGCACCAGCAGCAGCAGCAGCAAAUCAGGUCAACACAGAGCAGAAAGACUUCAUUCUCCAAGAAGAAAGGACGUGAGGCAGCCACUGAGAGCCAGGAGGAGAUAGCUCCACACCAGGCAGAGGCUACAACCUCUGAGGCUCCCGACAGUCCAGUCUUGUCUCCUAGAAUUGUAUCAAUUGAUAUGAGUGAUGGUUGGAAGAAAUGCUGCAGUCAGCGUACUCAUGGGACCACUGCUGGUAAAUGGGACACCUUCUAUUUAGCGCCUGAUGGGAAGAAGAUUCGAAGUAAAAAUGAUCUGUAUCGUUACUGUGAAGAGUUCAAAGUGACCUGUGAUAUUGAAAAAUUUGACUUCUCUGUCAAAAAUAUGAGAGAAGUGAUUGAUGGCCAGACAGAUGCAAGAAGUAAUGUAAAAGCUAAUGAGGAGCAGAAAGAAUCAGAAAAAGAUCCAUCCACCUCAGAGGUUAAGGAGCCAGAAGUCAAAUUCCCAGUACAAGAACUAUGUGGUAUUACUAAAACAGCAACUGGGAAAAAGCCUGACAUGAAGAAAUCAGAAAUAAGGCAGACUGACGUGUCAAAACACAGUGAGUCACCCCGGAUGAAACUUGAAAUUCCCAUAAUCCCCAAGACAGAGCACAUAGGUACGUUACCUCCUUCCCUGUUGGGUGCCUCGGCUGCCCCCUGGUCCCCCACCAUGCCUUCAUCACUACCCCGAUCAUUGCCUGCUUCUGCAUCCACUCCUUCAGGGGAACUGAUGGGCAAGGAUCCUGUGGGUGUAGGUGGAUAUACAUCUACUGAGCCAACACCUGAACCCAUGAGGCCCAGUGCAGCACCCAUCCGGCAGCGACAUGUGCUCAAGAAGGAGCCUGUCUUGUGUACAGCAGAGCCAAGAGUAAAAGUGGCUCCAAAUGAAUUUGUUGUGUGUACUGAGCAUAAUGACCACCAGUGUCCAAAGGAUGGCUGUGGGAAAAGUUUCAGGAAAGAAAAUCUUCUUCAGAUGCAUAUCAAGCAUUACCACCCAGAGCUGCUAAAAAAGACCAGCAACUGGGCACCAAAUGUGGCUGACCUUGCUUAUGCACGUACUGUUGGGGACCAUCUGGACACUAGCUCUUCCCCAACCCACGCUUCUCCACCAGUUGACAAAAUGGGAAAAUCUGAAACAGGAUCUAAAAAAGCACCACGAGGAUUGAGCUCUGUAAGCUCUCCAGAUGCACGUGGCAAAGUGGUGGAUAAAAAGACUUCAGGAUCAAUUAAGACCAUUAUUGGCAGUAAAGAUUCUAAGAAAAGAGACAAAAGUAAACUUGACUCUGAGCAGGGACCACCCAUUUCAGAAGAUGAAAUUGAAUCCAAAGAAGAGGUUGAGGACUUGGCAGAGGAUAUUGAGGUAGAGUCUCCAAUAUCUACCUUAGGUUUGCAGUCUGAAGAUCCUGACUAUGUUCCUAGUGAAGGAGAAGUAUUGCUGAUGAGGAAAGACAGGAAGGAAAAGAGGAAGACUCGUGGAGAAUCAAAGGGAAAGAAAAAGAAAAUAGUUGCAUCAGAAAGUGUGUGUGAGGAUGAUCAGCAGGAAACUAAGACAGUGACCAAAUACAGAUACUGCAAACACAAAGGAUUUACUUCAUCUAAAGCUAGUGUUUCAUCAACUAAUGCAGAGGUUCCACUGCCUGAGCCUUCAUCUGCCUCUCCAUCCAAAAAGACCCCAGGUCCUGAAGCAGAAGCCCCAAGUAUUGAGGCUGAGGAGGACACAGGGGAUGCAUGGGCAGAGGGUACAGAGGGAGUGCCAACAUCAGAGACUUCAGCAGAGAUCAUCAAUUGUGGUUGUGGCUCCACUGAGGAGGAGGGACUGAUGCUACAGUGUGACGUAUGUUUGUGCUGGCAACACGGAGACUGCUACAACAUUGUGGGAGAGGAUCAGGUGCCUGAUAAGUACAUCUGUUCUUUGUGUGACCACCCAAGGCUGGAGAGGUCAUCACAUAAGUUCAGACACCAUCAGGAUUGGCUGAAGGAAGGCAGGCUACCAAGAUUUUCCUUUUCUUCUUCUCGUGGAGACCUUCGACUUGAGGCUUGUGUUAGACGAGGCCAUGAACUGACAGCCCAAUGUUCAGCAACUGUCACAGAUUCUUCACUCUCUCAGACUGAAGUUGCAUAUUGCCAGGGAAGCAGAUCAUCCAAAGUUUGUCAUGUGGCACAAGAAAUGGAAUGAGCGGGAAGAAAGUCCCCCACAUGGAAAAGAAAAAUCUUACCACAAGCCCAGCAGCAGUUGCACCCUUGCAGGACUUUAUGGACAUUGUGGAUCAAGAAGAUCCAUCUCUUGAUACAAAGGUAACUGACACAAAGGUUCCUGACCUUAGUCAUCAAACUGCAAAUUUAAGCAGUGACAUUACAUUAGGGAAAACUGAAACUGAAGAGUCAGGAGAAAGACUUGCCACCAGUCCUACCAUCCUUUCUGGAACUUGGAAUCAAGGCACAAACUGAGAUUCAGAAGUUUGAUAUUCAGAUGGAUGAUGGAAAAGAGGUGAUGAGAUCUCAGAAGGACCUGGCUGACUCUAAUAAAGGCACAGUGAAUGAUAAAAAUGAGCCUGAAAAUAGUAUGACAGUAGAUGCUGAAAAAGUAGUUACCGGUUCAUCAGAAGUUUCUGAAAGAAAAGUACCUGAAGGUUUUGAAGAAGAUAAACACAAUGAAAGCUCUUAUAAUGUGGAAAGUAGCACCCAGGCAAAAAUAAGGAUGAAACUAAAAUACCUGUACUUUCUGAAGAGGAGCCCUUAAUUCCUGAAAUCAAGUCUUCAGAAGAGAGUGAAAGCAUUUUGGAUGCAGUUGAAAUAAGUAUGGAUAAGAAAGAGCUUCAGGAUUCCUUGCAAAUCAGAGCAUGAAGAAAUUUCCAUGAAUAAAGAAACUGAAAAUGCUGAUGAGAAUGUAAAUUAGAGUUGUGAGGAGAGUUAUUCAGUUAUGAGAGGUGAAAGUACACCAAAGGACAUUGGUGAUGACAAAGAAUAGAUGAAGUGUGAGUCAUCAGAUGAACAGUCUAUUCUGGGAGUAGCUUUUUCUCAGUUCUAACAAAUCUGUAACAUGCUCAUCCAAAGAACUGACCCAUGAUGCUGAUCAUCCUGAAGAAUGCAAGUGUGAGGAAUUAGGGGUGGAAAAUGUUGAGGGAAAAGGAGAAAGCAAGACUGAUAUUUCACUUGAAAGUGAAAGUACAUUAAUUAAUGAAGAAAAAUUAAAGGAGUGUUCAUUUGGAAACAAACUGGAAAUCAAACCUGCUUCAUGUGUAUAUUGAAAAAGAUUGAAAGUCAGGUGAAAGAACCCAAGCUAGAAGCCACUGAAGAUCAUAAAAGCAUUCAUGAGAAAGAUGUAAUUAAAUCAGAAUAUACAGAUAUAGACAAGUCUGGUUUGCAGGGCAUUACAGAAGAUAGUAGUAUUGUGAAAGAACAGACUGAUCUCCCCCAAAUAUCACUGAAGGUUUGAGGGAGAGUUAGGCUCUUUAAAAACAGAAAGUGAAGAAAAAAGAUAAAGAUACUAAAAUUAAAGGAUCAGGAUGAACAAGAGAAGUCACCAGGACUACUUCAAGCUUAGGUACUUCUGGAAUAUCUCACUCAGCUGCAGAAGACCCACUAAAUGAAGAAGAGCCCCACCUUGAGGAUGGAGAUGACUUAACACUUGAUCUGGGAGGUUUAGGAGUUACAGGUGAAGGUGGAAUGCCAGGAGGCAAUGAAUUAGCAGCCCUCCUGUCUUCUCAGACAGAACUGGAACAGCUAGUGUCCCAAGCUAGUUCAGGCCCUUGCUCCUGUUUCUUCAAAUGUUCAUUCAGUUCAAGCACCCAUAAUCCCUGAACCUGAAAGGAUAGAACCAGUCAACUGUAAAUUGAAUUUACUGGAACAUGUACAAGCAGUGCAGAGCAGUAUCAUUCAGCGAUUUGAUGAAAUUGAGCAGCAACUUGAAGUGUUGGAAGCUGAAAUGGGUCUAGCAGCAGAUGCCACAGAAGAGGAAGCUGAAGAAGACUUGGAAGAACGUGACCCAGCCACCCUCCAAGCCAGGGCACUCAUCAAACUUGUCAUAAAUGAUCUCAGUAUAGUCAAGAAAAUUGCAGACUUUACCCAUUAAUGGAAGAACAUGGAAUCCAAAUCCUGACUAAAACCAAAGAACACAAAAGUUAUCUAUACCCAAGGAAGCUUCAAGGAGUUUUACUGUUAUAGUCCUGAAGAAGUCAUAUUUGUUUUAUGGAAAAGAUCCAACAAAAAGUGAAUUAACUUAUUGUGCUGUAAUAGAUACAUUUGGUGUGGCUUCAGUGAAAGUGAUAUAUAAAAGUGGACAAUAAUUUCAGUGACUAUUGUGAAUGCAGAUAUUCAGUUAUAUCACAGUAAUUGCGCUGAUUUUACUCUGAACCCACCACUAAAACACUAUUGGAUAUGGACCAAUUUAGCAAUAAGUGCAGUGAUUUUAUUCUGAUCAAACUGAUAAGACAGUGUUGGAUGAUAAGGGCCAACAUAUCAUUAAUGACAGUGAUUUUGCUCUGGGCAUGUUGACAAGACACUAUUUGAUGUGAACCAACAUAAAAAAAUUACAGUGAAUUAAUUCUGAACACGCUAAUAAUACACUACCAUGGCAAUUAACAGUGGUUAUUCUGGAGACGUUGAUAGGAGACUGUCAGACAGGGUCAACAUGGCAUUAAUUGCAGUGAAUUUAUAAUUUAUUCAGAGUACAUUUAUAAGAUGUUGUUGGAUAUGGACCAACUCUAUGACAGAUUUGGGGCUGAAGAACUAUGUAAGUCUUGUGAACAAUUUUCAGAUGUGGAAAAUCAUGUUUGCUAAAUGCAGUGGACAUUCGGUAUGUAGUGAACCAACAGCUGAUAAGUUUAGCUAUUUUGUAGUGUCUUAUACAGUGAGUGGAGUCUUUGCCACUCUCAAUAUCUUACUGUGUUUCCCACCUACAUAAGAAGAUACAUGUUUCAUGUUUUUGGGCUACAAUGUACUAAAAUUUAUAACAGUCUUGUAAACAGCACUGUACAUAAUGUAAUUACAUUUACCUUGUCUAUAAACUUAUGUACCAGACUUGCAUCCUCCUUAAAAGCAGGAUAGCCAAGACAAGAUGCUACAGUCAUGGUCAGAAUAGAAGAACAGAGAAGGAGAUCCACAGUCUCCUCACUCCAUCCCUUUUAGUCACCUUUUAUGACAAUCAGGGAUUUUGGAGAUGUGAACUCUCCACCCUAUAUAUUAGAGUUGGCUACUGUGGCUGACUGUACCACAAAUAAUUAUACGUAGAUCACACUGUAAUGGGCAGUGAGGUUGUCUCAUUCCUACACCAAAGUAAGGUAAAUCGUAGUAUUUAGUGCUUUGUUCACAUUAAUAUGGUAUUUGGUAGUGCUAAUGAUGUUUCAUCAAGUGAAGAGUCCUUGUAGAAUUAUUCCUUUGAUAAAGUUAUCUGAUGAUAAGCAAAGUUGUAAGGAAACCUUAUGUACUGAAGGAGUUAAUAUUAUCUUUCUUCUUUAUAUUUAGUAUUUUACAUUGACUAUGUAAAUAUAGAAUAAGCCUUCAGCUAUCAUGAACUUAAGUAUAUAAAGGCAUGAAAUUAUUUUUUUAUUUUGAUAGUGUACUAUUACCAGUGCCACCUAUUCCAGCUCCUGAUAGUUAGCUGCAGUGAUUUACAUGUAAAACUUCUUCUGAAUAUUAUAUUGCAGAACUGUUAAUAACAUCCUUCAACAGGUAUAGAAAAAAUUUCAUGCCGAUGAUAUUGUGGAGGAAAUUGAGUAAGAAGUGACUGCUGGCCAUAAAUUAAGAAAACAUCAUUAUUGUCUGGUCAAAUGAUCAUACAUAAGGAUACAAUAUCAAGUAGUCUUAAAAAAAUCAGUACUGUAUGCAUUUCUGAGCAUUUAAGGAAACAGAAGUAUUGCUUCUGCACAUAUGUAAUCAAUAACAGUUGUAGUGUUGUCUUGGGAGAAACAUAGCUGCAUGUCUUGAAAAGUUUUGUUUUACCAGAAAUUGCAGAAGUCAUGAUGAUUAAGUUAGGGUCUUAAGAGGAUUCCCUCCCCUCCAUCUACCACCAUACAAGUCACAUAAGGUAACAAAACUAUAACAGCCUUAGUGUCACAUAGCCAUUUAUUGGCAUGGCACUUAAAAUUCAUAUAACUCAACUCAAUUGGCUUUGUUGAUUUGAUAAUUAUAGGUAGUGUAAAUGUUUUAGCUUUACAGCUCUUGUUUAUCAUUUUUUUUGUUUUUUUGUUUUUUUGGAAGAAACUACUGCUAUUUGGAAAACGAUUUAUGAUAAUUUACGUCAACAUAUUUUUGGUAAAAAAAUUAUUUUACUACAAAAUUGGGUAAAAGCAAUUAUUUAGCCCAGCUUAGAGAAAAUAAAUAUGAAAACUACUUCAGGUUUUAUAUAGUAGAACUUUACCCAUGACACAAUCUUUUAUCUCAAUUCUUUGAUUUUUUAAGGUCUUCAGUAUAUGUAAUAAAAAAGAUGUCCUUAUCAAAAUCUGUAUAUACUUUUUGUGUAACGUACAUUUAUAAAAUAAUCAUUUUGACUUAAGGGAAGGUAUGCAAACAUUUUUCUUCACCACGGUUAAAAACAAUUAUGUGGUGUUGUGAAUAUUCUGACAAUCUCCUUCAUGUUAACAGAAGUAAUCUAGAAAUUGCAUCAUCUACAUAGUAGAUUCAUGUUUAUAAUAUUUUAGGAUGUAGUUACAUUCUAUUCCCAAUCUAAUUGAUGCUGGUUUAAGAGACAACACUUGGCAACAAAGAUUUAAUAUUUAAUGAGAUGCUAUUGAUAAAGUGCUUACCAAUUAUAAGUAGCUGGAAACUUUUUUUAGAUAUAUGAACUUACUUUGGGAAUUAAUCACACUAGUAGCUUCUUGGUAAUUAUGCAAGAAUUUUUUGUCACUUGCAUAUUUCAUGAGUACAAAUAUUUUUAUGUGAAAUCAUAUUAAAAUUAUACAUAGA